AUGGAGGACGUUUAUACUAUUAAAGUGAAAACAAAACCUGACACGAGGAAUUUAUAUCCUUCGGAGAGGAGGUAUUCGGCAUCAACCGUGUCAGGUCUGGCAUGGGUCCACAUAGCUUUGGCCGCGACAUCAUUCCUUCUCGCUUGUUUAGCUUUAUACAAUCCAAAUUCAGAGUUAGAAGCGAAUUUGAAUGGCACCGUUAAGAACAAUUCGUUAUUCAAUUAUGAAGAUUCUAUACCAGAAGACAAUGUAACGGGCAAUGUGACAGCGAAACAAGAAAACAGUUUUAUGUUAGUUUUAGCGCCGUCGCUCCUUACGAUGUUCGCAUUAGCCGCCGGCAUAGCUUCGAUCAUGGCCUCUGUGAGGUGGUACAUAGAUCAUAACAUAACCUGGUUGUUUGCUAUGUCAGUACUAUCGACCGUGUUUUCUUUAAUAGCCUUUAUAAUGAUCGCUGUAUGGUUUAUUACGACAUCAGAAGAUGAUAUAUCGGACUUUUAUAAAGACAAAGUACCGUUUAAAGACUUCAUUGUUAUUAAGCACAGCGACGUUAUUGAUAGGAACGAGUCUCAUAUGAUUAUUGCUAACAACGCGUCUACUGUUAAGGACGAAAAUUCUCAUUUAUUUACUAAACGUGUUUUAUCUAUAAACAUAUUGAUAGCGGCGUUCCUGGAAUUACUCUGGUCUAUUUUAAGCGUUAAAAUAUCUUACAAAGGCAUGAGAAACAAUUACAAAGAAGAUCAUAACGAAAGAAGAGGCAACUGCAUAUCGGUAGUGACGAAAAUAAAGGGCAACAACACUUCUAAAAUACCAAGAAACGGGAAGCUUCUGCCACCGAAACAGGAUUUAAUAGAUCAUUAUCCCAGCAAAAAAAUUAAAAGGAUUUUCCUAGCGCAAAGCGACAACGGAUUUUAUCUGAAAAACCAAAAUAACAAAACCAAACAAAACACAGAAACUAGUUCGGAGUUUUAUAAAGAACGGAUGAUGAGCUUUUUGAAUCGUUGCGCGUCGUUGGAGGGAAUUUCUAAUUCAGAAAUGAGGACCCCUAGUGUUCAGUCUGAAGCUGUACUUAAUCCCAUUCCAGAAGGUGUUAGCGUAGAUAUAAAUUCACAAGAAUCGACAGCACAACCCGAAAUGAGAGACGGAUUGACGCCGGUAAGCUGGGGCGAUACGCCGGACCAUACGAUUUAUAAUCAAAACACUUUAAAUUUCGAAAAGAUUUUUAAUUUUGCCACCUUAAAACCGCAAGAUACUACUGGCACGAACGACGACGACAAGAAACCAAACGAAGAAAUAAGUGAAAAUAUGCAGCAUAAUUAA